CCUUUCCAGAAAAAAAUGGCAGCUGUUGACAUCGACGUGCCGGUGGAAACAGAGCCGCAGAUCUACAACCAGGAAGACAUGGAGCGUCAGGCUGAAGGCUUCAAAGAGCAAGGAAAUGCAUUCUACAGCAAGAAGGAUUACUCUGAGGCUUUCAACUACUACACCAAGGCCAUAGAUGCUAGCCCCAAAAAUGCCAGUUAUUACGGCAACAGGGCGGCCACCCUCAUGAUGCUCUGUCGCUUUCGGGAAGCGCUUGAAGAUUCCCAGCAGGCGGUGCGUUUGGACGACUGUUUCAUGAAGGGCCAUCUACGUGAAGGCAAAUGUCACUUGUCUUUAGGAAAUGCCAUGGCAGCUAGCCGCUGCUUUCAGAAGGUUCUGGAACUGGAGCCAAGCAAUCGAGAGGCCCAGCAGGAGAAUAAGAACGCAACCACGCUGUUGGAGUUUGAAAGAAUGGCAGAGUUCAGCUUUGAAAAGCGGGAUUUCAGAAAGGUGGUGUACUGUAUGGACCGAGCUUUGGCUUUGGCCUCUGCCUGCCACCGUUUCAAAAUCCUGAAGGCCGAGUGUCUCGCUCUGCUGGGGCGUUACCCAGAAGCCCAGUCUGUCGCCAGUGACAUCCUGCGAAUGGAUUCCACAAAUGCAGACGCGCUGUACGUUCGAGGGUUGUGUCUUUACUACGAGGACUGCAUCGAUAAGGCGGUGCAGUUUUUUGUCCAGGCUCUGCGCAUGGCCCCCGACCACGAAAAGGCCCGGUUGGCCUGCAGGAAUGCGAAGGCAUUAAAAGCCAAGAAAGAGGAAGGAAACCAGGCAUUUAAGAACUGCAACUAUGAAGCAGCCUACCAGCUGUACACUGAGGCGCUGGCUAUAGACCCCAACAACAUCAAGACCAACGCAAAACUCUACUGCAACAGAGCCACAGCGGGAGCAAAGCUGAAGAAACUCAAUCAAGCCAUUGAAGACUGUUCCAGCGCAAUCAAACUCGAUGACACUUACAUCAAGGCCUACUUAAGACGAGCUCAGUGUUACAUGGACACAGAGCAGUACGAAGAGGCUGUACGGGACUACGAAAAAGUUUACCAGACAGAAAAAACUUCAGAUCACAAACAUCUGCUGAAGACAGCACAGAUGGAGCUGAAGAAGAGCAAGAGGAAAGAUUACUACAAAGUGCUGGGAGUCGGCAAAAACGCCACCGAGGAUGAGAUCAAAAAGGCUUACCGCAAACGGGCUCUCAUGCAUCACCCAGACCGCCACAGUGCAGCGACCCCAGAGGUGCAAAAGGAAGAGGAAAAGAAAUUCAAGGAGGUGGGCGAGGCCUUCACUGUCCUCUCUGACCCGAAGAAAAAAAUGCGCUACGACAACGGGCACGACCUCGAAGAUGACUGCGGCUUUGACGGCAGAGAUUUUGAUGCAAACAACAUCUUCAGGGCUUUCUUUGGUGGCCACGGUGGAGGAUUCACUUUCGAUUCAAGUCCAGACUCUGGGCCUGGAAAUGUAUUCUUCCAGUUUGGCUAAAGCAAAGGCAUAGUUAUGAAAUGCAGCCCUGCAGAGGAAAAGCUUAAGUUGGACCCGCAGUCACCUUGUGAUGCUCAUACUCCUGAGUGUCUUGAAAAAUAUCCCCACUAUUCUUUCUCAAGAGGUUUCUCAAAUGUUGCAUUCAAUCCUAAAUGUAUUCCCCCACAUUGUCGCCAGCAAACAUUGGACAUGUGAGUAAUUCAGCUUGAUUUCGACAAAGCAAAAAGUCACCUGACCAAUACAAGUAUCCCUUGCCAAUUUUAACAUUUGAAUAAAUGGACCUGUGAUUUUCUGAAGCUGUCUCAGCCUUCAUAAAUACUCAAGACAUGUAAGUGUGAUGGAGGAUUAAAUUUAGAAGGCACGCAUCUUCAGGGUCCUCCUGAGACCCACAUGUCUCAAUAGAGCAAGUGGAGAAAGGACUGUGGGAGUUCAAUGUCCCCUGACCUCAGGACAGCCUGUGGAGGACGACCCUGCUCGCCUGCCCGUUUGUGUCCAGUUUUUAUUGGCCGACUUGCCAAAUAUCGUAUGAGCUCGCAGGGUUCGGUCUCUUCAUGCUGCAUUGUAUAGUUGACUCGAAUGUAAAGCGAUAACUGUCUCCGUUUUUCUUCGGUCUUCCCUCAGUCUAUUUAUAUUUAUUGUACUGUAGAACCUCAACUUGUAUGCAGCUCAAUGCCAGUGGAUUAUUUUUGUUUUGUUUUUUUGUCUUCCUUCUAUAUUUUUUUUGUACGGGCUCCAUUGUAAAUGUUAUCCUCAUUACCCUCUUCAUAUCUCCAAAUAUUCAUAUUAAUUUUUUUGUUUUUUGUUUUUUAGAAAGAAAAUCAGGCCAAAAUCUGACCAUGUUCACCGAUUUUCUUUUGAUAAAAUCUUUGACGUCCACACACACACGUGUCAUUCAAAUUAAAGUGGUGCCUUAUCAGACUCUCUUAUAUCUCUUCCAAUUGAAAGCUGAAGAGUGACCCACAUCUUAACUGAAGAAAGGCAGCAGUUUUGCUUGUAUAGCAUGUUUUUUUUUUUUUUUUGUGCUAUAUUCCUUAUGACCUCCUUUUUCCAUGUAUAGCUUGCGCUCAAAUUUCAGCUUUGCAAACCUUCAUCCUGUCCAGCAGAGAAGACUGAAAUUUCGCCUCAUGUCAUCAGUCUCGCCCACCUGUCUCUCACCGAUACUCGUCAUGCUCGUUUUGCCAGUACAGCCCUUCUUUUACCGGUUCCGCUCGUUUAAAGGGGUUGCUGAGUUUAGGGCGAAGACUUAUGUUGUUAAUUGUUCUGUCACUGAUCUCUGUAUCAUUUUUAUGACUCACUGAUUACAGUAUUAACAAGACAGACUUUUUAACCAUGAAAAUUGAAGCUCAUCUUUUGCUGUAAAUUUGGACUUUGUUUUAAUGUAAUAAAGGACUUUGAGUGUCA